UCCAAUGUUCACUUGCUCCAGUUUCUCCAAGUUUAGAAAACUGCUACAAACUCUCUCUCUCUUUCUCUCGUUUUGCUAUGUGGUAACAAUAAACAGACAACAGUUUUUGUUUGUCCGUACCGUUUUACUUACUCUCUCACACUGUCUUUGUCUCUUACCACUCUCGUCUCUUUUUUUCCCUUCUGUUGUGUUUAUAUCUUUCUUUUUUCUCUAAACCCAAAACAGUCAAAAUCAGGGAAGCCAAAAUUUUCUUUGCUUUCUUCUCCUUUCGUCCUUUCUUUAAAACCAAAGACAGUUAGGUUUGAGAGAGAGAGAGAGAGUGAAGAGUAAAACCCUUUUUGUCUGAGUAAGAGGAAACCAAAAGAAAAAUGGAGAUGGGUUCCAACUCGGGUCCGGGUUUAGGUCCGGGUCAGGCAGAGUCCGGUGGUUCCUCCACUGAGUCAUCCUCUUUCAGUGGAGGGCUCAUGUUUGGCCAGAAGAUCUACUUCGAGGACGGUGGAGGUGGAUCCGGGUCUUCUUCCUCUGGUGUUGGGUCAAACAGACGUGUCCGUGGAGGAGGGUCAGGUCAGUCUGGUCAGAUACCAAGGUGCCAAGUGGAAGGUUGUGGAACGGAUCUAACCAACGCAAAAGGUUAUUACUCGAGGCACAGAGUUUGUGGAAUGCACUCUAAAACACCCAAAGUCAUUGUUGGUGGUCUCGAACAGAGGUUUUGUCAACAGUGCAGCAGGUUUCAUCAGCUUCCUGAGUUUGACCUAGAGAAAAGGAGUUGUCGUAGGAGACUCGCUGGCCAUAAUGAGCGACGGAGGAAGCCACAGCCUGCGUCUCUCUCUGUGCUGUCUUCUCGUUACGGGAGGAUUGCACCAUCACUUUACGGGAACGCUGAUGCUGGAAUGAAUGGAAGCUUUCUUGGGAACCAAGACAUGGGAUGGACAAGUACAAGAACAUUGGAUACAAGAGUGAUUAGACGACCUGUGUCAGCACCGUCGUGGCAGAUCAAUCCGAUGAAUGUAUUUAGCCAAGGUUCAGUUGGUGGAGGAGGGACAAGUUUCUCAUCUCCAGAGAUUAUGGACACUAAACUAGAGAGCUACAAGGGAAUGGGCGACUCAAACUGUGCUCUCUCUCUUCUGUCAAAUCCACAUCAGCCACAGGCCAACAACAACAACAACAACAACAACACAUGGCGAGCUUCUUCAGGUUUUUGCCCGAUGACAGUUACAAUGGCUCAGCCACCACCUGCACCUAGCCAGCAUCAGUAUCUAAACCCGCCUUGGGUAUUCAAGGACGAUGACAAUGACAUGUCUCCUGUUUUGAAUCUAGGUCGGUUCACCGAGCCUGCAGAUAAUUGUCAGAUAAGCAAUGGCACGACGACAAUGGGUGAUCAGUUCGAGUUAUCUGAUCACCAUCAUCAAAGUAGGAGACAGUACAUAGAAGAUGAGAACACAAGGGCUUAUGACUCUUCUUCUCACCAUAAUAACUGGUCUCUCUGACAUGUCUUUGCAUCAGAGAAUCUUCUUACCAAUGUUACGAUCCUGCUCUAUCUUAAUCUUUUGCUCUUUUUUUUUAAUCCUGUUAUCAGCUUAUUAAUAAACCAGACAAUUGUUGCCCAAGAAUGGCUUUUUGAUUUUUAUGCUACUUGUUUUGUUU